AUGGGACACCCAACUUGUCAUUUUGAGGGACAUCUCAACUCACCAAUAACAGACGAUGAAGUCAGAUUCAUACUUAAUCACGACAAAUUCUUUUGUUUACGACACAAAAGACUCAAGGACUUUUUCAAUUCUCAAUUUAAAAGCUUAGUUCCUUAUUUUGAGUAUGACGGCUGCUAUUGGUCUCUGAUGGAAGAAGUCAUCUCAACAUGUAAAUUUAAAGUUCCCCAAGAAGAGCCGGAUUAUAGUUUGAGGAUUAUAUACGAGGCAUCGAUUUGGAACACAAGAAUACAUCAUGAAAGCUAUUACGGAACCGAGAUGGAUGUAUCAGAAGAACUGGACAACUUCGGAGCUAUUCUCCAGGAAAGUACAGUCCAAGACUUGUACAGAGUCAAGACACGAGUGGAACAUAUUAAGAGUCUCCUAACCAAUGUAGAACACACUCUAGGAGAGUUUCACAUUCUAUCCGACAAUCUGAUAGUUGAGAAAGAACUAACAAUUCUUACCAAGAAUGGGAAGAGUUAUCUUUACCCUACAACGUUACUUAUGUGUGUACUAGACAAUCUCCAAACCAGAUUC